UCACUCUGCGAGCCCGGUAUCCUGCGCGCAUGAUCCUGCGCCCACUGUUCGGGACACAAAAAGAAUAAAAAAAAAUAAUACGAACCCUGUGUGCAUAAUCCAGAGGGUGUGACCAAAUCGAACGACGCGAAAUUUUCAUACUUUGCCCAGUCUUCGGAAUGUGAAGGUCCUGCUCGUGUGUUGUGUUGCCUUUUUAAAAACUGCAAAAACAAAAAAAAAAAAAAUGAAAAAAAACUAGCUCACUUAAAAAUACAAAAGAAAGGAAAGACUUAUUUUCGAAACAAAUUACUUAAAUGGAUAACAGAGGCGCGAUGUUCGAUUGAGAAGCGAGAAAACAGCCCCAGAGAUGAAAGAUUGAAAAGCUUAUCAAAUUAAAGAGUGCAACAAAAAGUAAUAGUUCCGUGUAAUCCCUUUGUUUGUUGUACAACAAUUCUGUUUUGGUGUCUUCCUUUACGGGUGUGUGUGUGUUGUGCACGGCAAUUUGGAUUUGGUGUCAAGAGGUUAAAGGAAACUUCAGGCCCGUGAGCACGUAGCUGGAAAAAUCCCAACCCAAGUGUAGCAAGGCACAGAACGCCGGGGGACCGCCCACGCGCCGAGAAAGGAAACCAAAAAACGAAGAAGAAGGAAAAGGAGGUGAAGAGAAGAGCAGCGAGGAGCGAGGAGCGAGGAGAGGUUGAGGAAGCGGAAGCGGAAGCGGAUACCAGGCGAGUAUGGGCGACUAUCACGAGUUCACGGACCAGUACAAGGUGCCGGUGAUAGCCAAGCUGCUCCACGCCCUGCCCCACUACAAUAUUACCUUCCACAAGAUCAACAGCACCUUCCGACCGAACGAUGAGAUCUACUUGGAGAGUCUGGGUAUAUUGGGCUCGGUGCCGGCUGCUCUGCUCAUUGUCUCCCUGCUGGGACUGCUCUUCUAUCUGAUGACCCGCUGCUGCGACCGAAAGCCACGUCCGGCCCACUCCAUUACCAGCCUGAAGGUGGCCCUCUCCAUUGUCACCGUGAUGUGCUGUGCUGCGAUCGGCCUGGGCCUGUAUGGGAACGAUGACCUGCACAACGGACUGCUGGAGGUGCUGACCGCCGGCAGGAAGGUGGACAAUCUGGUGACCACAAUCCGGAAUCAGACGCACAUCCUCGAGAACACGCUGACGAAUCGCAUCCGGCCGCAGCUGGUGGAGCUGGCGGAUAUCUUUGACCAGCCGGUCUCCAACCAGACGGCCCUCUCCAAGCUCUUCGUCUCACUGAACAUUGUCCAGGGCAACGUUACGCUGGCCACCAAUGCCGCAUCCGACAUCCGACGACCCCUCAUGAGCAUCUCCAUGACCCACUUCUUGACGCGCGGUGACCAAUGGGAGCUGAUCCGCUGGCCGGGAACGGUGGCUACUCUGGCCCUCCUACUCGUCCUGUGUGCCGUGCUGUUGGUGGGCGUGGCCCGGCACUCGAGAUGCGCCCUCAUCCUGUUCAGCGUUUGCGGCUUGCUGGCCGUGACCGGAUCCUGGCUGAUGUCUGGCUUGUAUCUCUCCUCCUCGGUGGCCGUCGGAGAUUUGUGCAUCUCUCCGGCCGACUUCCUGGUCUCCACUGCCCCCCGGGAUCUGCCCACCAACGUCCUGCUCCACUACACCCAAUGCGAACCGGGACACACGAAUCCGUUCACCCAACGGCUCCGGGAGUCACAGAACUCGCUGAACAACGCCCGGAGCGCCAUGGCCACCGUGAUGAAGAUCUCCCUGGUGCUGUUCAAGUCAUCCGGCCUGCAGCCGAAGCUGGGAGCCGUAAAUGCCGAUCUCAAUAGCAGCGAACGGCUGCUGACCCAACUGACGGCCCUGGUGGACUGCAAGGCGGUGCAUCACAACUUCCUGGCCGCCGCUCGAGGACUGUGUGAGGGGGGCUUGCUCGGACUGGUCCUGAUGCUAAUUGCCAGCUUCAUAGCCGCCAUACUCCUCACGAUCAUGGUGUGGGUGGACUCGCACACGUGGAUAUAUAUACGGAAGCGGAAUGACUACGCCCAGGUGGACGAACCCUCGUACAUUUCCCAUCCGGCUCCACAGAAUCAUCAGCAGAUGAUGAACGCGGCCAGGACGCUGCCCAGGAACCAUAAUGGGCACUUCAGCCCACCGGUGAUCAGCGGAUCGCACACGUUGCAACACCCCAGCAAGCGGCAGCAGCACGAGAUGAUGGCCCACGCCCACAUCCAGCAGAACAUGCGCGCCAUGGGCACCCACACGCUGGGCAGGCUGCCCUCGCACAACCACAGCCCCACCCACAUGACCGGUCCCAAUAAUGCAGCAGCAAUUGCAGGAGCAACCCCAACGACAGCAGCCCAGCAGCAACAGCAGCAACAGGUACAACAGCAGCAGCAACAGCAACAACAGCAGCAACAACAACAGGCACAGCAGCAAUUGGGUGGACCACAACCGAUUUAUUGCCAUCAUCCCCAUCAGCAUCCACAUCCGCAUCCCCACCAGCAUCCCCACUCGCAUUCGGCAGCCGCCGUGGCAGCUGCAGUGCAGCACCAGCACGCCAUCUACCAUCAGCAGCAGCAACAGCAGCAGGCCCAGUACGGCACUUAUACGACAGCCGCCCAUCAUGCUCCGCAUCACUUGGGCCCGGGACAGAGUCAGAUUUAUCAGCAGAUUCCGGCCCAUUUGGCGCCACAACUGGCGGCGGCGGCUGCGAAUGGUAAUCCGCAUUCGAUCUACCAGCCACUGGUGGCGGUCAGCCAGGGCUCCAUUUAUGUCUCCAAUUUGGCCACGAUGCGCCGGCAGAAUAGUCAGGGCGGUCCCCAGAUUCCGGCCCAUCAGCAUCCGCCGCCGAGCCUCCAUCAGCAGCAACAACAGCCGCCACCGCCUUCCCAGCAGCAACAGCAAUUACAUCAGUUGAAGUCGCCCCAGCAGCACCAGCAGAUGCAACAGCAGCAGCAGCACCAGCAGAUGCAACAGCAACAGCAGCAACAUCACCAACAGCAACAGCACCAGCAACAGGAAUCGGAUGUCAUUCCCAUUAGCACGGCCAUCGAUAAUUCGAUUUAUGACCGGGACAAGCAGAUCUACAAGUGCUCCACUCUGCGGCAGGGCGGCAAGUUCGACCCGAAGUACAAGCCCUCGAUACUGAACUGCCCACUGCCGGAGAUCCCCAAGGAUGCCGAGCAGCCCAAGGUGGAGUCCAUCUACCAGCAGCAGCAGGCCCAGCAUCAGAAUUACUCAAAGACCCUGCAGCGUCCGCCGAUGAAGUUGCCGCCCCAGAUGAAAGCCAUACCGCCGCCGCGCAUCGGCACGCCCACUUCGCCGCCACCGCCGGCCGGCCAGCCGCUGAAUGAUGCCGGUGGAGGAGGAGGAGGACCACCUGGUCUGCAGAAUGGCGGCGUAGGAGGUGGCCCCGGCGUAGGAGGAGGAAACACCAACGAGGACACAUCGCUGCCGCCGCCACCGCUGGAGGCGCAAAACGAGGCCACUGCCAAGGGACGAAUGGGCCAGGUGGCGGCCAAUGGCAAGGUCCUGCACAACGGAGGAGGCGGCGUCACCGGCGGCGGAGUGACUGGCGGAGGCGGCGGAGCAGUGGACGAUGACGAUGAUCUGCCACCGCCACCGCCGGCGAUAACCGAUGAGAGUAAUUAUGCGGUUACGGAGCUGUAAAGUGGAAUUCGAUGGCAGAACAUAAUACAAAAAAACAAA